GUCGGUCUCUCCAUCUUGAGAUCGUCAUCUACUUCCACGCGGUGCUGUUCUCUGUUCAUUCAACACCGCUCCAACGGCCUGCGCAUUGUGAGGCUUCCCUGGCUCGACGGCGGACAGAACCAUGUCUGCUUGCUUUUUGUGCCAGAAUGGAGCCAGUUUCUUGCGACGACCGACCCUCCUGUCAGCAAUUCCAACGCCGCAUUCACCAUGGCUUAUGACUUCGCGAUGGGUUUCGUCUUCCCGACAACGCAGACCAUCGAGAAUGACUCUCUCUCCCAACGUGGCCAAGACAGAUCUCAAAUCGAAGAGACGGAAUCGUAAUGAUAAGGGGCCGUGGUCGAACAUCAACCAAAAAGAAGCGCGAUUGAAUACCACGCCGAGAACCAGGUCGAAGGCCGCUAUCAAGCGGUCAUCUCGCGGACGAGAGGACAACGGCCCCGAAAAGGAAGAAUCGCCUCUAUACAAAGCGUUGAAAAUGCAGACUACUCUAGCGCCUAUGACCUAUCAUCAGCGUACUUCGAUCAAGGAAAAGAUAGCCAGCAUCAUGAACUUCGACCAGUUCAAUCUUCUACCUGUUGUGCAAGACUCGAUAUCCACCCAAGCUCUACCUGGUCUCGUUGAUAUCGCCCCCACCCCAAUCCAGAAAGUCGCAAUACCGGCGUUAUUAAAGGGGCCGGACCAGAACAAAAAGAAGCAAAAGAAGCCCGAAGACGUGGAAUUAAAAUAUAAUCAAUAUCUCCUUGCUGCGGAAACAGGGAGUGGGAAAACAUUGGCAUAUCUUGUACCUGUCAUCGACACUAUCAAGCGACUCGACAUAGCGGAACAGGAAGCCAAGGAACGGGAAGAGGCAGCAAAGGCCAAAGAAGCGGAGAAAAAAGUUCUUGACAUUGAGCCGCCGGAGUUAUCUGAAAACCUCACUUCGAAAGCUGGCCGUCCAAAAGCAAUCAUUCUGCUUCCAACAUCAGAACUGGUUGCCCAAGUUGGUGAUAAGGUCAAAGCAUUUGCGCAUACAGUGAAAUUCCGUUCUGGUCGAAUAACAUCAGCAGACUCAGCUCGCAAGAUUCGAAACAUUGUAUUCAACCCAGCUGGAAUCGAUGUACUCGUAUCUACUCCGCAUCUUCUGGCGUCAAUCGCCAAGACUGAUCCAUACGUUUUGAGUCAUGUUCAACAUAUCGUCGUCGAUGAAGCCGAUUCGUUGUUAGACAAGUCCUUUGCGCCGAUUACCACGGAGAUCAUUGACAAAUCUGCCUCGUCGCUCAAGCAACUUAUCUUAUGUUCCGCCACUAUUCCUCGCAGUCUCGAUUCGUUCCUCCGCAAAAAGUUCCCCAACAUACACCGCCUAGCCACACCAAAUCUCCACGCCAUUCCACGCAGAGUCCAACUAGGUGUGGUGGAUGUCGACAAGGACCCAUAUCGAGGAAAUCGGAAUAUUGCAUGUGCAGAUAUUAUCUGGUCUCUAGGCAAGGCCGGUGAAAGUGAAACAAUGGGUCCUUUCACUCGAUACAUGGAUCCAGAAGUGAAGAAGAUCCUCGUGUUCGUGAAUGAACGGGAGGAGGCAGAUGAAGUAGCUCGAUAUCUUGCAAGUAGAGGGAUCGACGCCGUGUCAUUUUCCCGUGAUUCGUCAAAACGUAACGCGGAUGUUCUCAGAGAUUUCACCGAGCCACGGCGUAUACCAAACCCAGAAGACAUUAUGGAAAAGCAACGAUUACGUCGAGUCCAACAGUCGGAACUUCCAUUUGUCAUGGAACCUAGCGAGGCUAAAGAAGAACACGGGAGCAAGCUGCUCAGGACUAAAGUGAUGGUUACUACGGAUCUAGGCUCUCGUGGCAUUGACACGUUGGCUGUGAGGACUGUCAUCUUGUAUCAUGUACCUCACACUACCAUCGACUUUAUCCACAGACUUGGCCGUGUUGGGCGUAUGGGUAAGCGCGGCCGCGGUAUUGUCCUUGUAGGUAGAAAAGAUCGCAAGGACGUGGUCAGAGAAGUGCGCGAAGCCAUGUACCGUGGUACAGCAUUGAUUUAGAUGAGCUCUUUCUUAUUUUCGGGUGGUCGUAUGUAUCAGUAUCAUCAUACAUGGGCGGAGUUCGGAUAUUUUCAUGUGUACUAUAUAACCAGUGUAAACUAGAUGUACAUUAAUUUUGACACAUAUUUGAUAUGA